AUGUCGGUACUCGUCAAGCGCAGCGCCGAGCACCUCGACCUCGACGAGGAUGAGACCAUCGACGCCACCCCGGUGGACGCGAACGGUAACGCUCAACGCGCGCGCACGGGGUCUCGCCAUCACCCCUCCGAGUACAAGCCCGGCGCCGUGAUGAAGGUGCGGCUGCACAACUUCAUGACCUACUCCGACGUGGAGAUGGAACCCGGCCCGAGGCUUAACGUCAUCCUCGGCCCGAACGGCACCGGUAAGUCGUCGUUCGUGUGCGCCUUGGCCAUGGGACUCGCCGCGCCCACCAAGAUCUUGGGCAGGGCGGACAAGGUGGCCGAGUACGUCAAGCGAGGCGAGGAGAAGGGCUGGUGCGAGAUCACGCUCAGGGGCGAGCGCCCGGACAAGCCGCUCGUCGUCAGACGCGAGAUGAGUCGCAGCGCAGGCAGCGGGCGGUACCUCAUUAACGGAUACCCCGUCGGCGUCGAGCGCGUCAAGGCUGAGAUCAAGAAGCUGGGGUGCCAGCUCGAUAACCUCUGCCAGUUUUUGCCGCAAGAUCGCGUCGUCGCGUUUGCGCAGCUCAAGCCCACGGAACUCCUCUUAGAGACCGAGAAGGCCAUCGGGGACGGGCACCUCUUUAACGAGCACGAGUGGCUCAUAAAUGAGAAGAAAGCGAUCGCCGAUCUGGAGCGAGAGGUGGCAGCGAAGGAGGCUCGCAUCGAGAAGCUGAACAAGGAGGUGGAGAACAUGGAGCGCGACGUCGCGCGAUUCAACGAGCGGAACGAGCUCUUGGAGAAGGUCGAGGAGUACAAGCUGAAGCGGCUCUGGAUCGACUUCGAGGACAAGAGGAAGGUGUGGAAAGACGCACAGGCCGAGCUCUUGAAGAUCAACGAGCAGAUCAAGCAGCUUCACGCGGAUGCCAGCGAGCACAAGGUUCCCAUGGACAAAGCCGCGGUUGCGAAGGAGGAGGCGAAAAAGGCGCACAUGGUCGCGUCGAGAGCCUUGGUGGCCGCGCUCAAGGAGAAGAAGAAGAGGCUCCAGGGAGUUUACAACUCGGAGACCGAGCACAGCGUACUGAAUGACAAGAUCAACAGCAAGGAGAAGGAGGAGAGGGAAAAAGGGAAGAGGACUCGCGAUAGGGAGAGGGCAAUCGCGGAUAUCGAGGAUCAACUCGCGGGUCUGGUCGAGCCCCCGGACAUCUCGGCGGAGAGGACCAAGGCGCUCAGGGAAAAGAAAGCGCACAACGACGUUGUCGUGUCGCUCGAGACGAAGCACGACAUCCUCAAGGACAAGUCACACAGGCACGGCUUCCAACUCAAGGACCUGGAAGCUAAACUCGCUGGCUUUCAGUCUGAGCGCCAGCAAAGGCUAGUGGCGCUGCAGCGCGCAGGCCACAACCAGAUCAUCGAAGCGGACAGAGCUUUGCAGAAUAUGCAGAAUCAGUUCCACAAGCCCGUCAUCGGCCCCAUCCUGACCCUGAUCAAGUGCGACAACAUCAACCACCGCAAGUACCUUGAGGCCCAGAUUGGCAAACGAUUUCUCGCGGCGUACAUCACCCAGGACGACCGGGACCGCUCGAAACUUCAGGAGUGGACCAAGAGAUGGCAGACGACUGCCGUGAACAUGCCCAGCGCCAGAUACGAGGAGCCCAUCAUCGAUCAGCGUCUCAAAUCUCUCGGGAUCACCCACAGACUCGACCAGUGCUUCGAGGCUGACGCAGUUGUCAAGGCUGCGCUCUGCGAUAUGAACCAACUGAACAUAACCUUUGUCAUCGACCCCAAGGCGUCGCAGGACGUGGUUGACAGGGCCGUGACCGAGGUUCAGGACGGGAAAAUAUUCUACACACCCUCCACCCGGUACACCAAGAUCCAGUCGAGGUACGGUAGGCGCGAGACGACCACCUCAUCCAGCCCGACCAGGGACAGCACCCUGUUCAGCAGCGGCAGCAGCACAGAAGACGAGCAGAACCUGAAGCGGGAUAUCCAGAUCGUCCAGGAACAAAAGGCGGCGUGCGACCGGGAGCUCAACCAGCUCAAGGCGGAGUUGGCCGAUGGAAGGAAAAAGCUGGAGGCGUUUACUUCCAGGAUCAACAAUAUGGGAAGCGAAAUGGCCAAGUACCUUGCCGAAAAAAAUAGGUUCAACACUCAGCUCAAGGCCCAACAAAACGCGCUCGAGAGACUGCGACAGCAGGAUGUCGGGAAGGAAAUCGAGACUCUCAAGCGGGACAUGGCCAAGAUUCUCGAAAAGCGCUCGAAGGAGACGUGCGCCUACGCCGACGCCGUCACCGCCUGCUGCGAGGCGCGCGCCGCGGAGACGACGGCGCUGCUUCACGCCAAGCAGUGCGACGCCCUGUACAAAUACCUCAAGGAGCUGUACGACAGCGAGACCCAGCAAGCUCGGGACCUGGUGGACACGCAGAACGCGCAAAAGGAGAAGACGUUGGCACUCAAGAGGGUCUGCGCCUUGGCUAAGAGGGAAGCCGAGGAGAAGGCGCCGCUCGAUGAGGAGCGCAAGAAGAGGUUUUUCGAGAUGCCCCAGGAGAUUGAGCCCUACCCUAACCCUGAACCGAGACCCGAGGAGGGCCAGGAGGAUGAGAUAAUGUGCCCCAACGACAUGGUCCUGCAGGAUUUCCGUGACAGGCAGGAGGAGCGCAACAGGCUUCGCGAUGACUUGACAACAAAAGGCGGCAACCUGAGUGAAAGGCUCGAGGUGAUCGAGACUAAGAAGCAGGCGUGGCUCGCCGCUCUCAGGCCGCUGGUCGAUAAGAUCAACGAUAACUUCAAGAAUAACUUCGCCUCCAUCGGCUGCGCGGGCGAAGUUAAGCUCCAUGACGCCGGGGAUAGGUUCGAAGAGUGGGAGCUUCAGAUUUGGGUCAAGUUUCGCGCGGUGACCGACAUGCACAUCCUCGACGCGCACAGGCAGUCGGGCGGGGAGAGGUCCGUCAGCACCAUGCUGUACCUCAUCUCGCUCCAGGAGCUCACCAGCGCGCCGUUCAGGGUGGUGGACGAGAUCAACCAGGGCAUGGACCCGAUCAACGAGCGCAAGAUUUUCAAGCGGAUGACCAAGGCGGCGAGCUCGAGCGAGGCGACGCAGACUUUUUUGUUGACGCCCAAGCUGCUCAACAACCUGCAGUACACGGAGGACUGCACGGUGCUGUGCAUCUUCAACGGGCCGUGGAUCGCGAAGAUGGCGAAGAGGUGGAGGGAGAUGCAGCGCGCGCUGCAGCCGGGCGGGCCCGUGACGCCGUGA